UUGCCUCUGGCCGCCAGCAGCAGAACGCGCCGGAGAGAAGAUCCCCCGGGUCCCGGCGCAGGAGCUGACCCCAAGUCCUGAGGGCUUGCUGCCAAAGGGCUGCUGGAAACGCCUUUGCCAAGCGCGUCCCUGAGCCCUGCUCAGCCCCCCGGCCGCAGAGCAGCUUCCCCCAAACCGGACCCCCUGCAGCGCCGGCUCCUUGCUGACUGGGCAGGAGCAGCACGUGGGGCGCGUUGGGGUAACACUCGCGCGUGUGCGCGCUCAGGAGAGGUGCCCCUGGAGAUGGAAAAGUCUGUGGGGACGCCCUGACAAGGGUGGGAGACGCCACGGCGGAGAGUGGGGCUGUUGUGGAUAUACAGGGCAAGAAGAGUUGCCGUCUCUGCUCCAGGGAGUCGUAUGGCUUGAAGGGUGGAGUUGGCCUCUGGCAUUUUACCUUCAUGGAUCCCCUGAACCUGUCCUGGUACAAUGACGACAUUGGCAACAGGAACUGGAGCAAGCCUCUCAAUGGGUCCGAUGGAGACCAGAAGCCACACUACAACUACUAUGCCAUACUUCUCACCCUCCUGAUCUUUGUCAUCGUCUUCGGCAACGUCUUGGUGUGCAUGGCGGUGUCCAGGGAGAAAGCCCUUCAGACCACCACGAACUACCUGAUCGUGAGCCUGGCUGUGGCAGAUCUCUUGGUGGCGACGCUGGUGAUGCCCUGGGUAGUCUACCUGGAGGUGGUCGGCGAGUGGAGAUUUAGCCGGAUCCACUGUGACAUCUUUGUCACCCUGGACGUGAUGAUGUGUACCGCCAGCAUCCUCAACCUGUGUGCCAUCAGCAUUGACAGGUACACAGCUGUAGCAAUGCCAAUGCUUUAUAACACCCGCUACAGCUCCAGGCGCAGAGUCACUGUCAUGAUCUCCGUGGUCUGGGUCCUGUCCUUUGCCAUCUCCUGCCCACUUCUGUUCGGUCUCAACAACACAGACAAGAAUGAGUGUAUCAUUGCCAAUCCUGCCUUUGUUGUGUAUUCCUCUAUCGUCUCCUUCUACGUCCCCUUCAUUGUCACCCUGCUGGUAUACGUACAGAUUUACAUAGUGCUCCGGAAACGCCGGAAGCGGGUCAACACCAAGCGCAACACCCACGGCCUGGACUCAGACACUCAGGCCCCGCUGAAGGACAAAUGCACUCAUCCAGAAGAUGUGAAGCUCUGCACUGUCAUUGUCAAGUCCAAUGGGAGUUUCCCAAUUAAUAAGCGGAAAGUGGAGGCAGUGAAUCACAUGGAGGAGAUGGAGAUGGAGAUGGUCUCCAGUACCAGCCCCCCCGAGAAAUCCAAACACAAAUCUGCCCUGCUGAGUAACCACCAACUGGUCAUGCCAGCCACUUCCAACCAGUGCGUGAAUUCUACACUGGAGUUGCCCUUGGACAGCCCCACAAAAACAGAGAAGAAUGGGCAUGCCAAGGACAACCCAAAGACGGCCAAGGUCUUUGAGAUCCAGUCCAUGCCCAACGGCAAGACAAGGACUUCCCUCAAGGCCAUUAGCAGGAGGAAACUCUCGCAGCAGAAGGAGAAGAAAGCCACCCAGAUGCUAGCUAUUGUGCUUGGUGUUUUCAUCAUCUGCUGGCUCCCAUUUUUCAUCACCCACAUCCUGAACAUGCAUUGUGACUGUAACAUCCCACCGGCCAUGUACAGUGCCUUCACUUGGCUUGGGUAUGUCAACAGCGCCGUCAACCCAAUUAUCUACACCACCUUCAAUAUUGAGUUCCGCAAGGCCUUCAUGAAGAUACUCCAUUGCUGAAUAAAGCCUGAGAGCAAGACAAUGCCAUGCACAUGCCGCAUACACACACACACAGGCGAGUAGGGAGUCAUGAGGAGGCCUAGUGUUCUUAUAUAGGGCCCAUGAGCCCAUGGUGUUAAGACAGUGCCAUGCCCACCCAGCCUUAUAAGUGGAAUGUAAUGGGUGGCUUCAGGUGGGAGGCUCUCUCUUAUUCUUAAGGUGACCUUUGGACUCAGAGACCUACCCAAAGGGCAGUUUUAAGAGCUACUCUCACACUGUGUGUUUGGAAAAAAAAAAAAAACAAGCAAAAACAGACUCGCUCAUUUCAUACUUGCCUGUGGCCAGCUGACCUCCAGUGCAUUAACUGUGGACAUUAGCAGAGCCAGCGGUGGACAGUGAUUGGUCACUGUGCCGGUUGCUCACGUGUGAACGUCAUCGAUAAAAUUCUCACCAAAGACGCCAACAUCUUUUCUGCUUCGCAAUAGGAGCCCGACAGCCAGAGCUCACAGGAUCUCCAUGCAAUGGCUUUGCCAUCACCUCCAGCUGACCAGUCCAGUAUCAAACUGUUGAAGCCUUUAGGCAAAGACUUAGAGAGGUGCCAACAAGACUAAGAAGGUUCUGCCAUCCUACAAGAUCCUUUAUCUACAGACAUACGGGUCCAGGGGAAGUGGAUGCAGGAGGAGCAGGGAAACAUGUGUCACAUGCGGGGUUAUAACACCAAUGUAAAUAUGAAUAAAUAGGAUGAAUUGAACAGAAGCCCGAGCCAAAAAAAAACAAACAUAAACAAACUAAAUAAACAACACCUUGCCUUGCAUGGUACGUGCUAUGAUUCAAAGGGUACCCAUUGUCACCAUUCAUUUACUAGUACAACCGACAUGUCCUCCUGCUAGGAUUUUCACCUCCAAGUUGCAAGUUGUUGUACAAAGUUAGCGGCAGAGUGACAGUGUCGUUCAUAUAGCAGCACAAGGACACAGUGAAAGACAAGGCCCCUGGUACCAUAUCCAUCCCUGGUGUAACUCCAGUGAAGUUAUCCGAGUUAGGCUGCCAAGCAGAAUCUGCCCCUUGUUAUGUGGGUUUAAAUCAACAGGGAGGGAAGCUACUCCUCAUAGUCCGGCCUGGCUCCCCCUUCCCUUACAGCUCCGCAGGUUUGCAGGGAGAGAAAGCGGAGUUGGUAGCUGUAUGUGUAUAUUAGCUUCAAAGUCUCAGGCACCACUCUUAAGGACAAUAACUUCAGUAUAAGCAAGAUCAUAAGCCACUGACUCACACUGAUGUGUUGUAGUCGCUGUCACAAACAAUCCCCUUGUCUUCAGAGGAACUACUCCUCAGAGUAACCAUUCGCCACGGUGAGAUAGGGGUGUCUGCAAUCUGUGCUUUGUGGUUCUGGGAGGGAAAAGGUUCAGAAAGCAUGUCUAGCUGGAUGUGCUCCUGGGUUCAGUGUGGACUCUGGUCUGGAAAAUGAGAGAUUUUCCCCCUGUCUGUUUCCAGCACCACCACCACCACCACCCUCUGGUCUCUGUGCUUCAUGGUUGGUUUAACCAACUGAGAAGCCAAAUCCACAGUGUCAUUUAUUAAUUGUACCCAGCUCACAAUAUAUUUUGUAAUAACGCUGUAAAUAAUAUACAGUCAAAUGAAUAAAGUUCCACAGAAACGGGUCUGGCUGGAGUUUAAUUCAGGGUGGAGAUAGCCUGGAUUAUUGCAAUAGUCUGCACACACAUACA